AUGUCCUACAGCAAGCAGCCGUCCGAGUACCAGCCUAGAAAGGUUGGUGCUCUCCACACCAACGAGUUCCGGUGCUACAUUGAGAAGGAUGGCACUCCCAUCUCGCCUUUCCACGACAUUCCGCUCUAUGCCAAUGAACAGCAGACCGUCCUGAACAUGAUCGUUGAGAUCCCAAGAUGGACAAAUGCUAAGCUUGAGAUCUCCAAGGACGAAUUCUUGAACCCGAUCAAGCAGGAUGUCAAGAAGGGCAAACUCCGAUUUGUGCGCAACUGCUUCCCUCACAAGGGCUACUUGUGGAACUACGGAGCAUUCCCAAGAACCUGGGAAGAUCCAAAUGUCGUUCACCCCGAGACCAAGGCCAAGGGAGACAAUGAUCCAUUGGAUGUCUGCGAAAUCGGUGAACUUGUUGGUUACACUGGUCAAAUCAAGCAAGUCAAGGUCUUAGGUGUCAUGGCGCUGCUUGAUGAGGAAGAGACCGACUGGAAGAUUAUUGUCAUCGAUAUCCACGACCCUCUUGCACCAAAGCUUAAUGAUAUCGAAGACGUUGAGCGCCACCUUCCUGGCCUUCUCCGAGCUACCAACGAAUGGUUCCGCAUCUACAAGAUCCCAGAUGGCAAGCCAGAGAACCAGUUCGCUUUCAGCGGCGAGUGCAAGAACAAGAAAUACGCAGAGGAAAUUAUCCGUGAAUGCAGUGAUGCCUGGGAGCGCCUGAUCACCGGCAAGCAGCAACGCGGCGACAUCAACCUUGCCAAUGUCACCAACACCAACUCUCCGGACCGUGUGGAUCCAUCCCAGCUUUCGAAGAUUCCUCCUGGCCAGAACCUUCCUCCCGCGCCGAUUGAUGGAAGUGUUGAUAAGUGGUUCUUCAUCUCUGGGACUGGAGCUACCUCGGAUGAUUACACCAAAUCCAAAUAA